GUCCCUGCUCCAGCGCUUCAGCUGAACUUAUUCCUGAUUGGAUCUUCUUUCCGUCUAUCACAAGCCUAUAAUCAACACAAACGCUACUUGUACGCCUAAUUCCCGUCUGGAAAAAGCCAAAAACACACAUUUAGUCUGUUUUUUAAGACGAGACACGACUCACACUGUGGGUCCUGAACUGACUUCUGGGGGGGCACCAGAAAAUUCCAAAAGAUGACACAGUCUGUGCACAUAAGCCCCAAAUUGAAUCUGGGUUCCCCUUUUCAUUGUGCCACUCAAGACGAAAUGGAUCAUGGUGCAUCCUAUUCUGUACAGACUCCAUAUGGAUUCCAGUUGGACCUUGAUUUCCUUAAAUAUGUGGAAGAAAUAGAGAGUGGUCAGACUUUCCGCCGAACAAACAUGAGCCCUCGGAGAGGAUCACGUAGUGACAGAGUCUCUCAGAGGAGUGUAGGGGGUCGCACUAGUGGCUGGACUUCUACUGAAUCACUGGCAUCAACAACCAGCGAAGAUGGACGGUCUCUUCCCCCACCUGUUCCUCGAAGCCAUGUUACAUCAGCCAGCAGGUCACAGCCACUUUCACCAUCUUUGGCGAUCAGUCCCACACUACCAUCUUGUUCAAAAAUGCCACCUGCCCCACCACCACGUAACCCCAGGGUAGAGAGAACAUUACUAGAGACGAGCCGUCGUCUACAGCAGGAGCAGAGUCUAUACCCAAAUGGUUUAAACUCUCCUCUUUCAGACCUUCCUAAGGAGGGUGUCAAAGAUUGUGGAUCAAAUAGCAGCUUUUCAGUGCCUUCCCAGAUGGCUACAGAUGGUCACCUACUACAGAUUUCAUCAGCUGUUCAGAAUCCCUCUACUGGUGGCUGGACCAGAUUUAGUCCUCAGAAUUCUGGGAGGAGCACCCCAGCCUCCAGCUCUGGAACGUCUUCAUUUCCCCCAGGGCAGCUUCAGACAGUACGAGAACAGAUGGCCUUAGCCCUUAGACAGCUCAGGGAGAUGGAAGAAAAAGUAAAGGGAGUACCAGCACUUGAAAGAGAAGUGUCCAUGCUGCGUGAUGAAAAGGAUAGGCUGCUUGUGGCCCUUCAAAAGAAAACAGAAGAACUUAGUGCUCUGAUCAAUGCAAAAAACUCUGCUAUGGUAGAUCCUGCACACUUAUCAUCUUUAGAUCCCAGCAGUGCAAGUCAAGAGAAGAGAUCUGGUGAAAAAGGAAAAGAACCUCCUGUUCUGGUGAUAGAAAAAAGAUCCAUAGCUGUAGGUAGUGAUGUUCCCCUUAAAAUUGUGGUGGUUCAGGAUGCAAAAGAUGCAGCCGUAGAAGCUGCUGUUGAUGUCUGUCACAGAGGUGUGGAAACUGAGCCAGUGACCGUCUGUGAUGAAGAAGUUCAGGCCAAAGUCCCAACAAAUGAAGUGGCGGUCUGGGUAAUGGAAUCAUUACUUGGGCUGUCAAGUGAGACUGAACAAGAAAUAGACAGCCUGCAGGAGACCAUUAAGUGUCAGCAAGAGUCAGUCCAUCUCCUUGAGAGAAGAUUAACCCAGGCCAAUCAGGACCUUGAGGAGUUAAGAGCUCUGGAGAUGGCAAGAAUGUCUAAGAUCAUGAUAGAAAGAGAAACACUUGUCAAACCAGAAACAGCUGAUGUGCUAGUGGAAACUGAGCUUUGUUCCAAAACCUCUGUAGGAGUUGGGGUUUCCGGUGCAGACUUUCCAGCAAUGAAAACUGAUCAAAGCAUUCAAACGGACUUUGUGGAAGCAUCAAAUAAAAAGAUGGCUCUAAUCCAGGUCAACAGAGGUAUUCAGUGGGAAGAUCUUUUUAGCACUGGCAAAAAAGACAAUCAGGAACAGUCUGUCUCUGCUGAUGCUACAGGUCCCCUGAAAUCCAUCAUGAAGAGAAAGGAUGGGAGUGGCUCGAGUGGUGCUUGCAGCAGUGGCAAGAAAAGCUUAAAAUUUGUAGGGAUUCUUAAUGGAGGCUAUGAGUCAACAUCUAGUGAAGAGGAAGAUGAGGAGGAUGAAGGAAGCUCCUCUGAUGAAAGUGCAACUGGCAGGUGCUCAGACAGCAGUGAGGAAGAGGCUGCAGCUCUAGAGGAUACUUCUGAUGAAGAAAGGAACAUUAAUUUGGAUGACAGUGAUAGUGAUGAAAACAUACCAGCUGUAACAGAUGGUGUUAAGGAACAGGCUGAAGUACUAAAGGAAAAGUUUGAACUGAGUUCAAAAAUGCGUGAGGCUUGCCUCAUUUUAAAGAACCAUCUUAAUGAUGGUGCCAAAACAGCAAAGAGUAAAGAACUGCUCUCCAGCACCCAUACCGUGCAGCUGGAAUGGUUCAGAGUGUCCAGUGCUAAGACAGCACAGCCGUCCCGAGUUUCCAACUACCUGAUGGCUUUCUCUGAGCUUUCCCCUGCUCUGGUGCGGCACGUAGUCAACAUGACCGACGGCAAUGGCAACACAGCUUUGCAUUACAGUGUCUCCCAUUCCAACUUCACCAUAGUUGGACUCCUACUUGACACAGGUGUGUGCAAUGUGGAUAAGCAGAACAAGGCAGGAUAUACUGCUGUGAUGCUGGCAGCAUUAUCAGCAGUGAAAGAAGAGGAAGACUUGUUGGUAGUCAAGAAGCUAUUCAGUCUGGGCAAUGUCAAUGCCAAGGCAAGCCAGGCUGGUCAGACGGCACUCAUGCUGGCAGUGAGCCACGGAAGGCAGGAGAUGGUGCGAGCGCUACUUGAGUGCGGUGCCAGUGUGAACAUACAGGAUGACGAGGGCUCCACAGCCCUCAUGUGUGCCAGCGAGCAUGGGCGUGCCGAAAUCGUCUCUCUUCUGCUUGAGCAGCCUGGCUGUGACAUUGCCAUUGUAGACAACGAUGGCAGCAAUGCCCUGUCUAUUGCCCUGGAGGCUUCCCACAAUGACAUUGCAGUGCUACUUUACGCCCACAUGAACUACUCUAAAGCUCAGACUGAUGUGUCCCCCAGAGCAAACCCUCGGAGUCCAUCCAGUCCUAGAAAGACAUGGCCCUCUGAGUGAUGAGCUACUAGCUCUAAAACUGGCAAGAAGUGAAUAUUAGAAGCAUAAACUACCUUUACUGAAAAACUAACAUCGUUCACAUCACAGGUUUAUAUGUAAUAAUGUUGUUUGUUCCAGAUAUUCCAUUUACACACAGUGUUAUGUCAUUUAAUGCAUUAUACUACAGUUAUUAUUUGUAUUAUUGGGUAUGAAAGACAUCAGUGGAUGUUAGAUUUUUAGUCUUGUGCAAAGAGGACAAUCAAGACCACUGUUGCUCAUUUUAAAGAUGUGAGUCACUGAUUUGAGAAGCAAAAAAUGUCUUAGCUAAGACUUUCAUUGAAUGAUGUUAGGUUCAUCAGAUUCUCAGAGUGGAUUGAUGUACAGGCCAAAGUGAGCUUUGAUUUGUUCAGACUGAGCAUGGCCAUUGUCCAUUUAGAACUCACAACAGACUGUAGCUUUAAAUCUGCAUUAUCUCACAGUAUUUCACAGUGUUCUGUUUUUGGGUUCUUACAAUGAAACCUAACAAGCAACACAGCACUGACUAGCUAGAAAAUGACAUGUCUGUAGACUUACCUGAUCUGGUGCAAUGUUUCCUUCUAGCAACCACACCAAACUUACAAACAUUAUAUUUACAACUGAACUGUAUCUAUUCUUAAAAAAAACACAGAGCGCCUUCAUAAAGGCAAGGGUGAUUUUUAAUGCAAAGUAUAUUUUUAGACUUAAAGUAAAACGUGCAUUCACUUUUUAGAAUUUUUU